ACUGUUUCAUCUUGAGGCAAUUGUAAUAAUAACGAAAGCGCAAUAGAGUCUUAUUUCAGCAUCCACCAGCAGUGAUGCACCUUUUUGCCUCUUUGACUUCACUUUCUGUUUAAAGCGUCUCAGUGCGCCUCCGGCCUAAAGCCUACUGGUAGUUUUAAGGGUAAACGAAUCUCUACCGUCGCUUUCUCCGCCUCAUUUCCCGUAGUCAGCUUAAUGCAUCUAUAAUCUUGGGUUCGACACUGGACAAGGGUUAGAGAUAUCAAUCAUUAACUAUCCGCGGGCCAUGUUUUUUGCUUCGAUUUGAAAAAAAAGUAAAAUUUGCGCUUGUCUGAAAAUGACGUUAGAAAGCGAGUUGCGAAAAGUAUGUUGUUUAGCAAGUUCCUUUUCGUUAACAACCCAUAUUUAAAUGUUGGAGAAUCACGUUAUAAAAUCUAAAGUCUUAUUACCUUGUAUGCCAUGCUUGAAGCAAUUGGACCAAGUGACAAACGGCUCGACACCCAUUAAAUUCAAUUGAUUUUUUCUCCACAUUUUCAAAUUCUAAUCCCCAGCAUAUUUCUGGUGUUGUAGUCUAGAUUAUAUCUUCAGAAAAGAACAGUACUUUUAUCUUUCUCCCAUGGGCUCUUAUUUUCUUUGAAAAGCUGAAUCGUAAAACAGGUUUUCGUUUGGUUCCUGAACGAAAGAGAUUCUCUUUCCCGAAUUCCGACUUGAAGAGAUAAUUCGAAGAAAGAAGAGAUUUGGGUCACGUAUCCCCGCUGGUGUCCACUCAGAAAUAGGCUCUGUGAUACUAUUCGUCCUUUUUGUUGAUUACGUCUACACCCCUUUUCUUUCCUUUCCUUUCUCCCGGUUCUUCAAACCUUUCACUUUUAUGUUAAACCAGCUGCGGGACUACCCACUCUACACGGAAGAUAGCACGUUUUCGCCUAGCUCUCAUCUUUUCUUCAAGGCCCGGUAUAGACUCUGACGGGCGCAUCGAGAUGUUACCGGUGGAUUUCAUUUUUCUUUCACCUUCGCUAGAACGCGAGCGCGCACGUUUAAAAGGCGUACGGCUUGCCGUCAAUGGUCAGUGUUGAGCCGUCGUUGAAUUGAGGAACAUCUUCUGAAAGACGUUGUUGUUCCCCUAAUCAGUCAACACAUUUCACCACAAAGCUAAUCAUUCAAAAGACCUCGCCAUGAAGGCAGUAGCAAUUCUACCAUUUUUGGUUGCGACGGUCUUGGCUGCUCCGCAGUAUGGACCUGCACCACAAGUCGCCGAGCAAACAGCUCCAGUCACAGCUGAUCAAUGGGCUUCACUAAACCCUUACGGAAGCAAUUCCAAUGCUUACCCUGCCGAAGAGAGGCCUCAAAUUGAAGAAAUCCAGAGGCAGUGGGCCAAAUUCCUUGAGUACUUGCCAUGGCUCAAGGGACCUGCCGGCCCACCUGGUCCUCCUGGUGCUCCUGGGACUGCUGGUUCUGCUGGAGCUUCUUCCGGUGGUUAUGGUGGUAGCUACAGCCAACCCCAACAAACUACGGUAGUUGGACCACCAGGACCACCUGGACCACCUGGACCUGCUGGACCAAAGGGAGAAACAGGAAAUGCCGGAAAUCCAGGAACACCUGGAGGACCCGGACCUGUUGGCCCUGCCGGACUCAAUGGUGGACCUGGUGGACCUGGACCAGCAGGCGAACGCGGAUCGAAUGGAGCUCCCGGCGCUCCUGGUGGACCUGGUUUCCCAGGAGCUAAGGGAGAAGCUGGCCUUAACGGAGCACCUGGUCGAAAUGGAGCUCCUGGAACACCUGGCAAAGAUGGCUUUAACGGACUACCUGGAUUCGCAGGACCCAAGGGCGAAGCUGGCUCACCCGGAGUAACUUUGCCCUCAAAUCAACCUGGACCUGCCGGUUCUCCCGGCGCUCCUGGCAAAGAUGGAGCUCCAGGUUUCCCGGGCGGCCCCGGACCCGUUGGCCCUGUUGGUCCAGCUGGCCCAGUCGGACCUGUUGGAAGACCCGGAACGAAUGGUUUCCCCGGAGGACCUGGCCCUAAAGGUGAAGCUGGAACUCCAGGUAGCCCCGGUGGUCCUGGCAGAGAUGGACAACCUGGUGCCCCAAGUAGACAACCUGGACCAGUUGGACCUGCCGGCCCUGUCGGACAACCCGGUGCCCCCGGAGGCCCUGGCAAGGACGGAUUCCCUGGUGGACCAGGCGCUCCUGGCAAGGACGGACUCAACGGACAACCCGGUCUCCCAGGUGGACCCGGACAGCCAGGUAAACCAGGUAAAGAUGGAUUCAACGGAGCUCCAGGAGCUGCUGGCUUUCCAGGCGGACCCGGACCAGUUGGACCUCAAGGCAAACCCGGUGCUCCAGGUUUCAAUGGCGGACCUGGACCAGCUGGACCCGUUGGACCGAUCGGUGGCCCCGGACCUCAAGGUAAACCAGGUUCACCUGGCUUCCCGGGUGGACCAGGACCUCAAGGACCACAAGGAGGCCCCGGACCCCAAGGAGGUCCAGGCCCAGCUGGUCAAAAUGGAGCACCCGGUGGCCCUGGACAACCUGGACCAGCUGGACAACCCGGUACAGCUGGCAGUGUAGUCACAGUCCCAGCCCCAGCUGAACAGCCUUCUUACCCAGCGCCAGUUGAACAACCCUCAUACCCAGCUCCAGCUCAGCAACCGUCUUGGCCCGCACCAGCUCCAGCUCAGUCGUCGUGGUCUGCUCCAGCUCCAGCUCAGUCGACAUGGUCGGCCCCAGCUCCAGCUCAAUCUUCAUGGUCAGCUCCUGCUCAGCCCGCAUUCCAGCCGUUGCAAUCCGCCUACGGACGAUAAAUUCACUAAGAUCGCAACUAUCGGCUGAACGUCAGCGUUUGUACAUUCAAACGAAUAUCUCUUGACAGAAAGAACUAUACGCUACAUUUCACAUUCCUCACCUUCGCAAAAUGAUGAUCACUUCAUAUAACUAAAGUUGAUUGAUGUAAACUAGAAAAUGUGAAGUGCGUUUUAAUAUACAAAUAUGUACACUAAA